ACUGUGAUCUUAUCAUGGUCCAGGAAUUGAAUAUUGGGGGCAAUACUGUUAUAGCAGCACUAGAGGAGGCAUGCGGGAAAAAGAGAUCGAAAGUACGAGAAUUAUAUAACAGCUUAGGUGAUCUUGGUGAUGUUGCUCAACUUUGCCGACAAACACAAUCGUUACUUGCUCCUCCAGUGGCACUUACAAUUAGGGGUGUAUACUCUACUCUUAGAAGGAUAAGUUUACAGGCAGGGAGUGGGAGUGGCAUCCGAAAGAAAAGCCUCAUUGUCAAUCUCAUGUGUUCAUGUAGGGAGAAGGAGAUGAAGUUUCUUGUCCGAACUUUGGUUAGGAAUUUGCGGAUUGGAGCCAUGAUGAGAACUGUUCUUCCUGCAUUAGCUCAAGCUAUUGUCUUCAAUUCUGUUCUUUAUGAUGGAUCAGUCGAAAAUAUGAAAGAGAAUCUGCAGCGACUUUCAGCAGAAGUAGUUGAGGCAUAUAACAUCCUUCCUAGCUUGGAUGUACUUGUUCCUUCUUUGAUGGAAAAGGGGAUUGAGUUUUCCUUAAAUACGUUGUCAAUGGAUCCAGGCAUACCCAUCAAACCAAUGCUUGCAAAAAUUACUAAUGGCACCCCUCAAGUGCUGAAGCUCUUCCAAAACAAAACCUUUACAUGCGAGUACAAAUAUGAUGGUCAGCGAGCUCAAAUUCAUAAAUUAGCUGAUGGUUCGGUUCGUGUAUUUUCACGGAAUGGGGAUGAAACAACAUCUAGAUUCCCUGAUUUGGUAAACAUAAUUACAGAAUCAUGUGGUCCCAGAGGAGCGACAUUCAUAGUGGAUGCAGAGGUUGUUGCAAUUGAUAGAAAAAAUGGUUCAAAGCUCAUGUCGUUCCAAGAACUAUCUUCACGAGAGAGAGGGACCAAAGAUUCCAUCAUCGCAUUAGAUAAAAUUAAGGUUGAGAUAUGCAUUUUUGUCUUCGAUAUUAUGUUUGCAAAUGGAGAACAGUAAUUACUAAAACCAUUUCUCCAAUUUUGUUGUGGAUGGCAAUACCUGCUGUUACACAUUUGUCUAUCCUUAACGGUACUGGUUUCAUAGUAAUCAUGUUUUGUGUCGGUGAAAAUACACCAGUUUUGAUCUAUAAAUCUCAUUUAAUGAGUUGGGGUAGUUUGUUAAUAUUGUUAAGCUUUGAUAGUUUGAUAAAUGGAUUUACCUGGUGAUGAGACACAAAGGUAUAUGAUGUGAAUAGGUCUAUAAUUUAUACUCCCUGACAAUAUAUGUUACGGUGUUCGACUAGUCAUGGAAUUAACAAAGAAAGACCUCUAAAACUUGUGGUCUAAAACUAGCCAUAAAAUUUUUUGUGGCUCAUUAUUAAGGUUAACGUGGGAAGUUUAAGUUAAUUGUUCCUAAAUAUAGAAAGAUGUCAUUCCUAAAUAUGUUUAUGGUAUUACUUGUUGCACGUGAAGAAAAAUUAUAGGGAAGCUUAUCCAGUGCAAAGAUGCCAAUUCCCUUGCGAGAAAUGAAACAACGAAAAUAAGAUUGAGAUAAAAGACUUCUUGAUCAUGCUCCCAAGCUAUUGAGUGUUCAAAUAGUACGUAGACCUAUUCUAAACUAGGAAAGAUAUCAAGGUUACAUAAUUACAUAGAUAUAAUAGUCCCUUAUCGAUUUGUUAGUUUACAGAUGUGUAUAGUGUAGUCUUGUCCCACAUUGGAAGAGGAGUAAUAUCUCCUUUUAGUGUAUAGCUAUAAAUAGGGACCUCUUG